AUGUCUUUCAAAAGAUGGCUUAGUCGAGGUGACAAAUCAAGCAAAAAGAAAUCUGCUCUGGAAGAGGGCAAGGCUUCGAAUGCGAACAAUGAGGGCCGGGAAGCAGAUGUCAAGAAUGGGUUUACGUCUGAGGUGCCAUCAGGCAGCGAAUCACAAAUAGAGAGCUUUGUUGUGGCGACAGAUACGCCUGUCGUAAAUUCGAACCAUGGCAACCCUGAAAACUCUUCUGUGAGUGAGGCCUCCGAUAAUCAUCUGCAUAUCAACCACUACCAUAUGCAUUCAGACAGUGGGUACAAUAGUAAUGCUAGUGCGCAUACAUUCGACUCGAGUUUCAAACACAUGGAUCAUUCAGACGAGAGUGAUCUGGACUCCCUUUUCCAUCAGUUUCCGACCAUAAAACCAGUAUCCACUGUUUUAUAUCCAUUCGGAGACGGAUCAAAUAAAGUCUUCGGAUAUGAGAACUUUGGCAAUACUUGCUAUUGUAAUUCAGUUUUGCAAUGCCUUUAUAGCCUACCGGAGCUCCGCGUUAAUAUGCUGAAGCAUCCUGAGAGGCCGUCGAACAUUCCACGGAAGCGAAAGACGCAGAUGAUCGGUCUGAAACCAAGAGUUUUUGAUGAAACUAGCUUUGGGCCAGUAAAUAAUGCAACCACCGCUAACAGCGGCUCAACGACAUUACCUAACGGUAGCUCCAAAAACCCCAGCACAUCGAGCGGAAGCACUGCCUCUUUGCAGAAAGAAAAUUCUAAAAAGAACUCUUUAACAUUUUUCAAGGAAAAGGAGCUGCCCAAGUUACCUUCAACCUCAAGUAAUUCCGCUGUGGUACAUAGCAGCAUGCCUCCCAUUGCUACUCCAGUACAUGUUAACGUAAUGGCGUCGGAUGCAAUCACUGAGAAGUUACACGAAGGCUACACGCGCAUAGUGGUAGGCCGUGUUCCAGGAUCUCCAUUGCAGGUAAAUGGCAGCUCGCAUCAUACCCACAAUUCAUCUACUUCACCGGGUUCAUCUCCUUCACCAUCUCCGACCGAUAAUUCACACUCCGAUCUGUCCGCGAAACACGAAGAACCUUCAAGCGAACAGAGAAAAAAGGCUGCAUUACUCAAGGGUCCCGUCUUGAAUGUUGACCAUUCAUUAGCGGAUUAUCUACCUGCGAACAAUUCACCAAGCUUGUACGCAGAGCUAAAAGAUCUAUUCGAAAUCAUCACAGAAAACAACUCACUCACAGGGGUUGUUUCUCCAAUACAGUUUGUGGAAACACUUAAAAAGGAGAAUGUACUCUUUAACACAAUGAUGCACCAAGACGCGCAUGAAUUUUUGAACUUCUUAUUGAACGAGUUAAGCGAUUCUUUAACUAAAUCUUCCGAAAAAAACAGCUCUGCAGAGCCAAACUCUAAUGCAAAUUUUAUUGAAGGACUAUUUAAAGGUACGAUGACCAAUAGGACAAAAUGCUUGACGUGCGAUAACGUUACUUACAGAAACGAACCAUUUCUUGAUUUUCCCAUUGAAGUUCAGGAAGAUUCCGAGACUGACAUCCAAAUGAUACUGUCCGACUUUCACCAAAAAGAGAUGCUCAAUGGAUCUAACAAAUUUUAUUGUGACGAAUGUUGUGGCCUGCAAGAAGCUGAGAGAGUAGUGGGAUUAAAACAAUUACCUUUUUAUCUAGCCUUGCAUCUAAAGAGGUUCAAAUACUCUGAAGAACAGAACUGCAAUAUCAAGCUUUUCAAUAAGAUCCAUUAUCCAGCAUAUCUGAAGGUUUGUUCAACAUUCGACUCAACUGUUUGUAAACAGUACGAGCUGGUAGGUGUUAUAGUACACAUGGGUGGGGGCCCUCACCAUGGUCACUACGUGUCUUUGUGCAAACAUGAGAAGUUUGGCUGGCUUCUUUUUGAUGAUGAAACAGUAGAAUCGGUUACUGAAGGUACUGUUCUCAAGUUUAUUGGCGAUAGAGAUGACUUAACUACCGCUUACCUUUUAUUUUACAAAGACAUGGGUUCUAAGCUAUUGAGUGACACUGAAACACAUAAACAGCAAAAGUUUGCUCAAAAUAUCGAUGACCUCAUCAAGGCCGACGAGCAAAUUAGAAAACGAAGCAUUGCCACCCCCAUAACUGAUCAUUCAUCUGUGUUGGAAGAGGUGCCCGAAGAGCGCAGCUCCUCUAACAAAUCGUUGCCUAAACUUGGCGGCAAAAGGAAAUCGCGAUUAUUUUCUUUCAAACGAUCAUCAAAGGAUUAA